CAACAGCUCAUUCAAAAGGCAUUUGAAUGACUCGAGUCUGAGCAUUGGAUUUGUCUUCACCACCAACUCCAUCGGAAGUACACGAGGUGGUUUCUGUGAAGCUCCGGGACUUUCCGCACCGACCGAUCGCCCGACAAACGGUUCUGCUAACACAGACACUGAAGAGGGUAUUUCGUUACCCCUAGAAGGAUAAAUUUUUUUUUUAUUGGAUUUUUACUAUUCAAAUAUGGAGACUUAAGUCGCCCACUAAAGGGAUGCCCGACAAAGGGGGAGGGGUUUGAGAGCACGUAUUCCUUGGUCUGUGUGUGUGUGUGUGUUUGUUUAAUUCAUAAUGUUUGUAUGCAUUAUCACAUACCACAUGUUUAACUUCUUAGAUAAUUUCGUAAUUAUGUCUUUGCCAAAUGCAGGAGGCAAUAAAGUGGUCACCGAUCCUGGGUGAUCACAACCAAGAUCGAGGAUGCAUUUUAAUCAUGCUAUUUCAAGUAGCUCAUCCUUUUUUUUUUACUGCACAGGAUUUAUUUUGUUUGAAGUCGGGCUGCAGCUGAAAAAGAAAUCUAGACACAGAGUCUAUAUUCAAGCGAGCGGAGUCAUGUUUGUGGUGGAGCAAAGGGCAUUGCCGGGUGAUAAAGUUAGAUGCUGACUAUUAGUUUUGUUUCUUCUGCAGAGCUCACACAUUCCUCCCUUACAUCAUCUAAGUGCUGCUUUCUGUCUCACCGCCUUCUCAUUCAAACCUCAACCCCAUCUGCCACCUUAUUUGUCUAUUUUCCGUUUCAGUGUCACUGUGUGUCUGUGAGAGAGAGCGAGACCUUGGGUUUUUUUUUUUUUUCUCAAACCCCUCUUCCUUUGAAGGGCAUCCCUUUUCCUUUAAAGCGCUAUAUUUGAAAAAAAAAAAAUAAAAUAAAAAAUGGAAACUCUCCUUCAACUCAAGAACAGCCAGUUUUUGAUGGGACUCUGUCGCAGUGGGCCUCCUCUCGACCUGCAGUAUGACAACUCCUCAGAGCUCUACCGCAUCUCCACCUUCGCUCGAUUCCCGGCGUGUCCGGUCACCGAGCGAAGCCUCGCGAGGGCGGGCUUCUUCUACACGGGUGUGGCCGACCGCGUGCAGUGCUUCAAGUGUAACGUCACGGCGGAGGGCUGGCAGGCCGGGGACUGCCCGUCCGAGAAACACCGGCAGCUCUCUCCUUCCUGCUCCUUCAUCCAGAGCCUCCCGUCCACGGCCAACCUGCUCUCGUCUUCUCACUCCGCAUUCUCGCCCCUCCGCAUCGCCCCCUCCAUCACGCUCCCUGGUGCAGACGCGACAGCUUCUAACGCGUCAGGAAGCCAAGGUGAAGACCCAGUCGGCUACCUGAACAUGGCCUUCUCUGCCCCGCCGCCCUCCAGCCCUCUGGCGUCCCGUGGCGUGGAGGACAUGUCCCACCAGAGGCCGACGUGCCACAACCCAGGCAUGCGCAGGGAGCAGGACCGCCUGGACUCCUUCCACUCCUGGACGCUCUCCGUCAUCACCCCCGCGGAGCUGGCCAAGGCGGGCUUCUACUACGUGGGCCGGGGCGACGUCGUGUCCUGUUUCAGCUGUGGAGGACAGCUGGGUAAAUGGGAGCCGGGCGACAGAGCCAUAUCAGAGCACCAGAAGCAUUACCCGAACUGCCGCUUUGUCCGAGGAGACAGAGCCGACAACGUGUCGCUGGCCGGCGGUGCGUCGACCGCAUCUUUAGCCAUAACGUCGCAGCUGUCCUCGGGAGCCCCGGCGCUCAGCAACGUGUCCAACCCCGCCAUGCAGCAGAGCGACGAGAGGCUGCUCACCUUCGUCAACUGGCCGUCUCGCAUCCCCGUCCGGCCCGACCAGCUGGCCAAAGCGGGCUUCUACUAUGUUGGUCGUAACGAUGAUGUCAAGUGUUUCUGCUGUGACGGAGGUCUGCGGUGCUGGGAGUCUGGAGACGAUCCCUGGGUCGAACACGCCAAAUGGUUUCCUCGGUGUGAAUAUCUGCUCCAGGAGAAGGGACAAGAUUUCGUUCACCAGAUCCAGGCUCGCUUCCCUCGGCUGUUUGAGCAGCUUUUAACAAACGGAGACAGCAGCUCCAGGGAGUUCGUGGAUCCACCUGUGGUUCACCUCGGCCCGGGAGAGGAGCGCUCUGAGGACGCCAUCAUGAUGAACACCCCCGUGAUCAAGUCGGCUUUGGAGAUGGGCUUCGAGCGCAGCCUGGUCAAGCAGACGGUGCAGAGCAAGAUCCUGACCAGCGGAGAGAACUACAGGACGGUGCAGGAGCUGGUGUCGGACCUGCUGAGCGCCGAAGAUCAGAAAAGGGAAGAGGAGCGAGAGAUGAUGGCGGAAGCGAUGGCAUCAGAUGGUUUCACGUUUGUGAAGAGGCACCAGGCAGCGUUGAUCCAGCGUCUGAAGACUGUGGAGCCGGUGUUGGAGCAUUUACGAGAGCAGAAUGUUUUAUCUGCCGAGGAGUACAGCGGCCUCCAGGCCCAGACGUCGGCCCAGCAGCAAACCGCCCGGCUCAUAGAGCUCGUCCUCACUAAGGGAAACGCGGCGGCCGAGGUCUUCCGAAACUGGAUCCAGAAAAACGACGUCCACCUGCUCAGAGACCUCAUGGCUCAGUCGAACGAAGCUGCCUCUCCGAGCCAAGAUCUUUCAGACCUCCCAAUGGAGGAGCAGCUGAGGCGGCUGCAGGAGGAGCGAACCUGCAAAGUGUGUAUGGACAAAGAGGUGAACAUCGUCUUCAUCCCGUGCGGACACCUGGUGGUGUGCAAGGAGUGCGCGCCGUCGCUGAGGAAGUGUCCGAUCUGCCGAGGCCUGGUCAAAGGCACCGUUCGAACGUUCCUCUCGUAAAGCGGGAGCACGGCGCGACCGAAUGUAGGCAAUACAGGGUUCGUUUCCAUGUGUUAGAACAGGCAGGAAGCUCUAUACAGUUUGUUUUUCUCCUCCGAGCUGUUAGAUGUUGCUGUGUAGCCUUGCGUGAUAAAGAUUUAAAAAGUAGUUCUGGACGAGGUACUCUAACUUAAUGUUUGUUCAUCGCCUGGACUAAAUGCUUCAUCGCCCACCUCUCGACUGUGAUGGUGAAACAUACGGCAUCCUUGUAACUAAUGUCAAUUAACAGAAGGUUUGAAGCUUCUAGCAAAUUCUGACACGAGUUGCUCGUUUUUCAGCAGCUUUGACGAAUACAAGAAACUGAUCCGUGACCCCGAGGGGGAAAUACGGUCAAAUGAAAGAAGGGUACAGUGGUUGAAAAUGAGCUAGUAUCAUCUGAAUCUAGAAACUACCAGAAACGCUACUAUCUGAAAACUGAAAACUGAAAGGUAAAAGGGGGGUCUCUGUGGAACCUCUCAUAUUUAUUGCAGUGCUUUCGUGUCAUUCGUUUUUGACCACUUCUCAUAAAUGACGAGAAAUCCUCUUAACUGUGGCACUGUUUUUGCUUUGCUAUGAAAGUUCACUUUAAAUGUGAGGCUUAUGUAACUGAGGACACAGCCCAACUGUCUUAAUUGAACUGUAGCUUUGUGUACGAUGAAUCUGAAACAUGACUACAGCUUAACUCAUCAUGUUCUCUAAUAAAAAUUAAAGCCUUUGUCAAGUUAA